AUGUCCGCCUUGCGUCUGUUCUGUAUCGUUGUGAUCGCAUCUUCAUGUCAAAUACUAAAUACCUACAUCACCAUCGGUCUCGGACAAGGCCUAGCGUGUCCCAAUGGCUACUCGUACCUCGCACACAAUCACCGGUGCUACCGCGCGUACGACGAAGAGCAAACCUUCGAUGAGGCUUCGGUGACCUGCCAAGCUGACGGCGGCACACUGGCCAUGCCUCGCGACGACACCACCAACGCCUUCCUCGUCGACUUGAAGAACACCGCGAACGCGGACAAGCACUUCUACUUCGGACUGGACAGCAAUGACGGGUCGUGGAAUUUCGUGGAUGGAGGAGAGCUGAAUUAUACCGACUGGGGCGCUGGGCAGCCGAGUGGAAACGAGAAAUGCGCCGAGUACUUCCCUGCAACCCGUGUCGAUGACGGCGAGAGAAAUAAGUGGAACGACCAUUACUGCUGGGAAAACCGUGGCUUCAUCUGCGAGACUGGCCCCCGCCCGUACACGGACCGAAACGGAACCCGGUACAACGUGUUCGCGGUGAGCAUGACGUACAGCGACGCUAGCCACGCAUGCGCAGCAGACGGAGGCCGGCUUGCCGAUGUGACGUCACAGGACCUGCAGGACUUCCUGGUGGCCAUGAUCGAGGAGGUUGGUGCUGGUGGGGAUUUCUGGAUCGGACUUCAGCACGUGGCUGGAGGGUGGACCUGGUCUGAUGGAACAGCGGUAAGCGACUGUAGCUUCUCCAACUGGGCGGCAGGAGAGCCGGACAGCGCCGACCAGGCGUGUGGGAGACUCCGGGCGUCUGGGGGGUUCAAAUGGGACGGCACGGGCUGUGGUGAACAACAGUCCUUCAUCUGCCAAAUAGGUCCUGGUGAGGAGAGCGCCUGCGGACCGCCUGAAGUAUGGCUGACACAGGACCCGUCGUGGGUUGUGGACUCCGCCGGCACACCGCGGGUCCACAGUGGGGUGACAUACGACGCCACAAAAGCCUUGGAUGGAGACACUGUGACCUACUGGAACCCCCAAGGUAUCGACAACAACCGGUACAUCGUAUUGGACCUCACGGCACCCCAAACUCUGACCAGUGUCGCCGUCAACAACUACGGAGACACCGGUCAUGACAUCGCAGCGUUCACGCUGCAAAAUUCGCAGAUCGGGAGCCCGUACAGUUGGGAUGACGUAGUAUCCGUCGAUGACGUACAGGGAGGGACGAACCAGCGUCAGGAGUUCGGCGGUUUCCAGGCAACAGCGCGGUACUGGAGGUUCGUCAUCACUCGGACCCACUCGGGCGACCAGCCAUGGCUCGCGGAACUGAACUUCAAAGGGAUCGCAGGAAUGAUCCCCUGUCCCCUGGGGUACUUGCGGUGCGGAGGGGGACAGGUUGCCUGCAUCAAGGCGUGGCAUUGGUGUGACGGGCGGACCGAGUGUUCAGACGGGAGUGACGAAGAAAGUUGUGAGUGCAAGCCGAUUCCUGGACAUUUCAACCUGGGCGGCAGACUCGCGAUGCUACCCAAUCAGCUGGGCCAGACGACAUUCGGGGAGAUCCAGAACUCCUCCGUGGCAGAACUGCUGCUCAACAGCUCGUACUCCAACCCAGGGGGUGUCCACCCUGAGUUCGGAGAGUUUGUCUCGACAGUCAUCUUCCCGCGAUGCAAUAUCUCCGGAGAGAACAGUUUACACUGCUCUUCGUCCGGAAGUGCGGACAGCACAACUUCGUGCACUGGCACACAGCUGCUUCCGUGCCGUUCGUGGUGUGAGGAGGUCCUCAAGGCGGCUGAUGACGGAAUAAGGACCAUGCUGCCUCGGUGCGAGUUGUUUCCUCUACCGCAACAUGGCUGCUGGAACCCUGAGCCAGAGACGGAGAACAACGAAGUUUGUUACCAUGGAAGCGGCAUAAAUUACCGCGGUACAGGAAGUACCACUACAUCCGGUGCAGAGUGUGUGGAGUGGUCCGUGGCGCAGGGAGGGUUCUACACGACCAAGUACCCCCUGGCUAACCUGGUCAACAACUACUGCCGCAACCCGACCGGCCUCGAGCGGCCGUUUUGCAUGACGGAAGACGGCAGCCAGGAGGAAUGCGACCUCAUUCCGUGCAAUACCGACCUGGGCUGCUUGGACAUGGGUCCCCCAAACUACGGCCGGAGAAGCCCCGGGAAGAGGUUCUACUACGUGGGAGAAAGGGUGACUUUCACCUGUAACGAAGGGUACAAGCUUCCGUCCGGGUACCCAGGCGAAGUGAGGUGCCUCGAUGGAGUGAAUCUCAGAGGCAGACUGGAGAAGGACGUGCUGGAGCUGUACACCGCGAGUCUGGCGCCCGAGACGGAGGGCAACAUCGUCAUCGGUUUCACGGGUCUGGUGGAGCAGAUCGUCGCCUUGGAUGAGAAGAAGGAGCAGCUGGUGGCGUCUGUGAUCAUCAACAUCACUUGGCAGGACAACCGACUGACCUGGGACCCAAAGUACUACGAUGGUAUCGAGGCAUUCAGCGUCCUGGGUAGCAGCCUAUGGACACCGACAAUGACCCUCAAGAGAAACGCCGAUCCUGGGUACCGAGGCUUAGAAAGGAACGUACCGGUCGGGGUAAACAGCAAUGGUACGGUAACCUGGCGGGUGGAAACCCUCACCACCACCGUGUGCGAUGUAGACCCUUUCUUCUUCCCCGCAGACUCCAUGGAAUGCCAGGUCUGCUUCUCAGUAGCCUCUGCAAUCGACCAGAUCAUCCAAUGCGGAGUUACUACAGAAGAGGAGACCACCAGUCUCUGUGACGUCAUUUCCGCCGAGAAACAGGAGGGCGAGUGGAUCCGGAAGGACAGGAUCUUCGCAAGAAAAAACAAGGAGGCGUGCUUUGCUGUAGAGCUGAGGAGGAUCCCGCUGUUCCACAUCGCCACGACUGUUGGUCCCUGCGCCAUCCUGGUGCUGAUGAUGACGAUCACCUUCGUCAUCCCCAUAGACAGGGGAGACCGCAUCUCGUUCGGAGUGACCAUCCUGCUCUCCAUGGUCGUGUCUCUCGUGUUUGUCACGGACGUGCUCCCUGUAAAGGGUUCUCUGCCAUUUUUCGCCACCCUGAUCGUCGUGUGCAUGGGGCUGAUGGGGCUCUUCCUGUUCUUCACCAUGUACGUCAUCAGCCUCUACGACAGGGAGGGGAGUCUGUCUCCGAUGGCGAAGGCUUUCUUCCUCCGCUACAUGGCAAAGAUGCUCCUGUUGGGGGACCUCACAGAGAAGAAGCGCCUGACCAGCGGCGCCGCCAUCGAGCUGACCAACUUCGCCUAUGACGCGGCAGGAGACACAAAGAUCGUCUUCGGGGAAAGUCCUGCUGACGUCCCGAGGACCACCAGCCACCAGACCGCUCCUUCCACUCGGCCGGCCACGACCAGGAAGCCGAUCAUCUUGCGAAGCCUCCCCCCUACGCCUCCCGUGCGAUCCACUGAUGUGCCCAGCACAACCGCUCAGCCUGCUACCGCUGUGGAGGCAGCCGGUCCUGCCGGCCUGCUGACGCUGGUCUCCAGUGUGAAGGAGCUCACCGCUGUCAUGAAGACGGAAAUAGGGGAGCUCGCCAAGGCAGUCAACAACCAGACACAGGAGCUGAAGACCGAGCUCUCCGCUGUCCUGAAAUCCGAGCUGGGUCAGCUCGCUGGGGUGAUGAGGAAGGAGGAGGAACCGGAGGUAUCAGAUUACACCCUGCUGGCCCAGGUGCUGGACAGGCUGUGCCUGGUCCUGUACGUCAUCAGCGUCAUCGUAGCCGUGCCCACCACCAUGUAUAUGGGCUAGGACUGUAUACCUAAAUACCCGUACCUGUACCGUACUUAUAAAAUUGUUAAGGUACAGGUCCGGACCUAAACAUCUGCAUGUGUACCUGUACCUGUACCAAAACACACUAAAUCACUAUUGAACACCACUUUUUGUGACUAACGAUAAGUAAAUUUCCAAAUCAAACAUAGCAAUUGUAAUUAUCUUGAGUUGCAAAUUAAGAAAACUUUGUUUUGAGGUUCAAAUAUGUAAAUCCUAAUAGAAUGAUGUCGAUUUCUCACUAAAUGAGACAGUUGGCAACAUUUAUAACUUACAGAUAAUUGAUCAAACUUGUUUAGGUACAGGUAAAGGGACCGGACCUGUACCUAAUCCUGUGUACCUGUACCUGUACCUGAUAUUUCUUUAGGUACACCGCUCUAAUAUGAGCCAGUAAAGAUACGCCUUAAUGAAUAGUUUCGUCAGAUUGGUAAAUUCUGUAUUGUAUCUGUAUCUAUAUAGCCGGUAUAACCGCCCUUUGGCGUAACACACCAGCUUCUGUAUCUGUAUCUACAUAGCCGGUAUAACC